AUGGCCGAAAAGCAGACGACCAGCACCACCACCAAUGGCUUCGCCGAUAAAGAUGGCCAAUUUCGUCGCCAGCCCAGCAAGUUCCGGAACACCAUUGAACCUGCUGCGGACGUUCCAUUCCCGGCAGUGAAAGAUCGCUACGUCCUGUACAUCAAUUACGGCUGCCCGUGGGCACACCGCACGAAUAUUACACGAUGCCUCAAGGGCCUUCAAGACAUCAUUCAGCUCGUCGAAGUGGACGCCCGCAAGCCUGACCUUGGAUGGUUCUUCUCGGGCCGAACGGGGCCUGACAGCGAUCCGCUGUACGGCGGGAAGUAUCUUCGUGAUCUGUAUGAAAGGGCAGAACCGGGCUAUGAAGGCAGGACCCUGGUGCCGACGCUCUGGGAUAAGGAGAAAGAGACUAUCGUGUCCAACGAGAGCAGCGAGAUAAUCCGCAUGUUCUACACCGCUUUCGAUCAUCUUCUACCUGAGGAUAAGCGUGAGGAGGCGAAGGGCAAAGCUGGCUUGUUCCCUGAGCAUCUGCGCAACGACAUCGAGGCAAUGAACGAAUGGGUCUACGAUACUGUCAACAACGGUGUUUACAAGACCGGCUUCGCCAGCACUCAGGAGGCUUACGAGCAGAAUGUGUUUCCGCUCUUCAAAUCGCUUGACCGGCUUGAAGAGCACCUGAGCAAGCCGGAACACCAACCGUACCUCUUCGGGGAGCAUAUCACCGAAGCAGAUAUCAGGCUCUAUCCGACGAUAGUGAGGUUUGAUGUCGGAUACUACACUCUCUUCAAGUGCAACCUGAAGAUGAUAAGACACGAUUACCCCAAGCUGCAUGACUGGGUACGACGCCUGUACUGGGAUGAGAGUGAGCGGACCAAUGGUGGCGCCUUUGGUAAGACCACGAGGUUCGAUGCGAUCAAAAGGGGAUACGCGUCAGCGACUGGCAGCAAGGUUGUGCCGGCUGGACCGCUGCCCGAUAUGCUACCCCUUGAAUGA